ACUGCAGUAGAGUAAUACUACUCAGUGGUCAGCACUGGGGUGGGUGACGCCGCAUACCUGUUUUGCAAUCCAAUCUCUUUCUCGCCGUCUCUGUGAACCAACCAGCAAACGGGAUCGUUUCUCAAGCAUAAUGGGGGCCAAUCACAGCCGUGAAGACCUGGAUCUCUCAGACUCCGACUCCGACUCCGAAUCACAAACCCCAGAAGCCCACCGAGAGGAAGACGAAGACAACUUCGAAGACGCUAAAACGCCGUCGUCCUUCGAGCCCAAAACCCCAUCUUCUUUGGAUCAUGUUGAAGCCAAGCUCAAAGCUCUCAAGCUCAAGUACAACAACGACAACUAUAGCAAGGUGUCCGACCCGACCCGUAAGAACGCCGUCAAACUCUUCAUCCACGUCGGCGGCAACACGUCUAAUUCCAAAUGGGCUGUCGCUGAAAAAUCUGCCACUUAUUGCUUUGUCAAAACCCACAGUGAAAAUGGCUCGGACGAAGAAGAGGAUGAAGAAUGCGAAGAGAAUUCCUGGUGGAUUUUGAAAAUUGGGUCAAAAAUCCGGGUCAAGAUUGAUCAGAAUUUGCAAUUGAAGGCGAUUAAGGAUCAGAGGCGGGUUGACUUUGUGGCUAAUGGGGUUUGGGCUGUGAAGUUUUAUAGUGAAGAAGAUUAUAACUCAUUUUUUGACAAAUUUCAAGACUAUUUGUUCGAGAAUACUUAUGGGUACGAAGCUAAUGAUGAGAAUAAGGUUAAGGUUUAUGGGAAGGAUUUUAUCGGUUGGGCAAAGCCUGAAAAAGCUGAUGAUUCGAUGUGGGAUGACGCAGAAGAUAGUUUCUUUAAGACCCCUCAAUCAGCUUUGAAAACUCCAUUGAGGGAUAGAAAUGAUUUGACAGAGGAGUUUGAGGAGGCAGCUCCCAAUUGUGGGGCUAUUCAGAGUUUGGCAUUGGGUGCUUUGGAUAAUAGUUUCUUAGUGAGCGAUACGGGGGUUCAGGUCGUGAGGAAUUAUAGUCAUGGGAUUCAAGGAAAAGGGGUCUAUGUGAAUUUUGACAAUGGAAGGUCUAAUGGGAGCUUUUCAAAUGGUAUAGCUCAUUCAACCCCUAGGAAAGCUGUGCUAAUGAGAGCUGAAACUAAUAUGCUUCUCAUGAGUCCAAUGACUGAUGGUAAGCCUCAUACAAGAGGGUUACAUCAGUUGGAUAUUGAGACAGGAAAGAUUGUCACUGAGUGGAAGUUUGGGAAGGAUGGAACUGAUAUCACAAUGAGGGACAUUACUAAUGAUAGUAAAGGAGCUCAAAUGGAUCCCACUGGCUCUACUUUUUUGGGAUUGGACGAUAACAGAUUGUGUAGGUGGGAUAUGCGUGAUCGAAAUGGUAUGGUGCAGAAUCUUGCAAAUGAAAGUACACCUGUAUUGAACUGGGCUCAAGGGCAUCAGUUUUCGAGAGGGACUAAUUUUAACUGCUUUGCAAGUACUGGUGAUGGAUCAAUCGUGGUUGGAUCACUUGAUGGGAAGAUUAGACUGUACUCUAUCAAUUCUAUGAGGCAGGCGAAGACUGCAUUUCCAGGGCUUGGUUCUCCAAUUACUCAUGUGGACGUGACCUUUGACGGGAAGUGGAUAUUAGGGACAACUGAUACCUAUUUGAUUCUCAUAUGCACUCUAUUCACUGACAAGGAUGGGAAGACCAAGACCGGUUUCUCUGGUCGUAUGGGGAAUAGGAUCUCAGCUCCAAGAUUGUUAAAGCUCACUCCUUUGGAUUCACACAUGGCAGGAGUGAACAACAAAUUUCGCAAGGCUCAAUUCUCUUGGGUGACAGAGAACGGGAAGCAGGAGCGCCAUUUGGUUGCUACUGUUGGCAAGUUUAGUGUUAUAUGGAACUUCCAACAGGUUAAGGAUGGUUCUCAUGAAUGUUACCAAAAUCAAGUUGGCUUGAAGAGCUGCUACUGCUACAAGAUAGUUUUAAAGAAUGACUCGAUUGUGGAUAGUCGCUUCAUGCAUGAGAAGUUUGCUGUUAGCGACUCCCCUGAAGCUCCGCUGGUGGUUGCAACCCCCUUGCAAGUUAGUUCAUUCAGCAUAACCAACCGGCGCUUGAACCUCUAAACAAAGCUCUUGUUUGGAUGUGUCCACAUUUUUUCAAUGUCUGUGUGUUCUCCUGAACGUCUCAGUAUCCUCUGCGUUGUUCUCACUAAGCACGCAACGCUGUUGUAGAAUUUCACCUUUCAUUUGUACUUUUCCUAAGUUUCGGUAAGAUCAUGUUGAAAGCGGUCUUCGAUGAAGCUGGCAACCUUAUUGUUGUUGUAGAACUGGCAAAAGUAUUAGAUAGGAGUAUUUGAAAUUUAUGACCGUGUACUCUCUGAAUUUAAUUUGUAAGGAUAUGUUAUAAUUUCCGUUCUUAUUUUCA